AUGGUCGCUAAACAAGUUUCUUGCAACAGUUUAGGCGAAAUGACCGGCUCGAACGUACAGCGUUCGCAGCGCGAGGCAAUGGCAUUGACUGUGAACGAAAUUGUCGCCCAUCUUGUGGAAGCUCAUCGAGAACAUAAGGACGUGAACUUGAAUCGGCUCAAGUGCUUGGUUGCUCAGAAGUACGGUCUCAGUUCUCAGCCCAAGCUGGUUGACAUUAUUGCUGGGGUCCCGAAUGAAUUCAAGGAUGCCUUGCUUCCGAAAUUGAAGGCGAAACCAGUACGUACAGCUUCUGGUAUCGCUGUAGUGGCGGUGAUGUCUAAACCACACCGUUGCCCUCACAUUAACUUCACGGGAAACGUUUGCGUAUAUUGUCCUGGGGGUCCAGACUCUGAUUUCGAGUACUCCACACAGAGCUACACUGGUUACGAACCGACAAGUAUGCGUGCUAUAAGAGCAAGAUAUGAUCCUUACCUUCAGACAAGGGGAAGAGUCUCUCAACUAAUGCAACUUGGCCACUCUAUUGACAAGGUUGAAUUUAUUGUAAUGGGAGGAACUUUCAUGUCGUUACCAGACGAUUAUCGCGACUAUUUCAUCAGAAAUCUACACGAUGCUCUCAGUGGCCACAUUUCGUGCAAUGUCAAAGAGGCAGUAGCGUAUUCGGAGCGCAGCAAAAUUAAAUGCAUCGGCAUCACGAUUGAAACUCGACCCGACUACUGUCUUCCGCGGCAUCUUAACGACAUGCUUCUUUAUGGAUGUACUCGCCUUGAAAUUGGAGUUCAAUCUACUUACGAGGAUGUAGCUCGAGACACUAAUCGAGGGCACACGGUUAAAGCGGUCUGUGAAACAUUCCAUAUGGCCAAGGAUACUGGAUAUAAGGUCGUCAUUCACAUGAUGCCCGACCUGCCCAAUGUUGGGCUGGAGCGUGACAUUGAGCAGUUUGUCGAACUAUUUGAGAAUCCACAAUUCCGUCCUGAUGGUUUGAAAUUGUACCCAACUUUGGUUAUAAGAGGCACGGGAUUGUACGAGUUAUGGCGAUCAGGCAGGUAUAAGAGCUAUCCACCAUCUGUGCUGGUAGAUCUUGUAGCACGCAUAUUGGCCUUAAUACCACCGUGGACACGUGUUUAUCGUGUACAACGCGACAUACCUAUGCCGCUGGUCUCGAGUGGUGUUGAACACGGUAACCUUCGUGAGCAUGCCUUGGCACGGAUGAAGCAGCUCGGUUUAGCGUGUCGUGAUGUAAGAACAAGAGAAGAAAUUCACAACAAAAUUCGACCGUACGAUGUGGAGUUAAUCCGAAGGGAUUACGUCGCAAAUGGUGGAUGGGAGACGUUUCUUUCAUAUGAAGAUCCAGAUCAGGGCAAGACAUCUGUCGUGCGUGAGCUUCACGUCUACGGUUCGGUGGUAUCUGUUUCAGACAGGGAUCCGUGCAAGUUCCAACAUCAGGUUCGUUUUUAUUUCAUUUCUGGAACAGCACUGUUUUUAAGACACUGCGGC